CAUGUCGACUUCUAAAACCAUUGCCUUCAUCACUCUAUUCCUCGCGACAACACUAUUCGCGUCCUGCAACGCAGCCGCAAACGCCACAACCAAACCUCUAUUCCCAGCCAUUCUAAUCUUCGGCGACUCGACCGUGGACACAGGCAACAACAACUACCCUCUAAACACAAUCUUCAGAGCUACACAUUUUCCCUACGGCAUUGACCUCCCAGACCACAAAGCCAACGGGAGAUUCUCAAACGGGAAACUAAUCCCCGACAUACUCGCAGGCAAAUUCAACAUCAAACAGUUUGUUCCUCCUUUCUUACAACCAAACCUCUCCGACCAAGAGAUUGUAACCGGAGUCUGUUUUGCAUCAGCCGGUUCGGGUUACGAUGACCUAACCAGCCUCUCCACUCAGGCCAUUCCCGUCUCGGAACAACCUAAGAUGUUCAGGAAUUACAUUGCUCGUCUUAAGAGUAUCGUGGGAGACAAGAAAGCUAUGGAGAUUAUAAACAACGCUUUGGUGGUUAUAAGCGCAGGGACUAACGAUAUGGUCUUGAAUUUUUAUACCAUUCCUACAAGGCGUCUUGAGUUUCCUUUUAUCUCUGGUUACCAUGAAUUUAUACUUAAGAGGCUUUAUGGUUUCAUCGGGGAGCUUUAUAGUUUAGGUGCCCGGAACAUUGCGAUCGCAGGUUUACCUCCGAUUGGUUGUUUACCGAUUCAAAUGACUGCUAAGUUCCGCAACAUCUUUAGGUUCUGCUUAGAACAAGAGAACAAAGACUCUGUGGUAUACAAUCAGAAACUUCAAAAGCUAUUGCCUCAGAUCCAAUCAUCACAUACUGGAAGCAAGAUCUUUUACGCUGAUAUAUACAACCCUAUUUUUGACAUGAUGCAAAACCCUAGCAAAUACGGGUUUACAGAGACGAAGAGAGGAUGUUGUGGAACAGGUUUUCUGGAGACGAGUUUCAUGUGUAAUGUUUUCUCUCCAUCGUGUCCGAAUCACGCUGAGUUUUUGUUCUUUGACUCCAUUCAUCCGUCUGAAGCUACCUAUAAUUACAUAGGAGACUUGCUCGACACUCAGGUCCGUGAGUGGAUUGCGGCUUAA